GCUCUCAGACCGGAAGUCAGGAAGCAGCCGUUUUUUUUACCGGAGAUAUGAAACAGUUUGUCUCUCUAGUCUGAACUAAACCCGGCGGGAAGGUUUUUAUGGGAAAUAAAGCGGCUCGGUUCGUUGUUCUUGUUCUGGUUUCCGGCCUGAGAGCUGAGGACGGAGGAGGAUGGUCUCUGCCGUCAGAGCUCAGGCUGGAGGAUGAAGGCUUCUGUAACAUCGAUGUUCUGGACGGGUCCAGUCUGUCUCACCAGGAGUUCAUUGACAGGUACGCAUACAGCCGACCGGUCAUCCUCAGAGGUCUCACCGACAACACGAGGUUCAGGUUUCUGUGCUCCAAGUCGAGCUUGUUGGAGGACUACGGCUCCCAGACGGUGAGGCUCAGCACGGCCAACACGUUCUCGUACAGGAAAGUGGACGUUCCCUUCCGGACGUUCGUGGACGAGCUGCUGAGGCCUCAGGCUGCGGACGCGCUCGGCAGCGAGACUCUGUAUUUCUUCGGGGACAACAACCUGACGGAGUGGCAGAAGCUGUUCCAACAGUAUGAACCUCCUCCGUUCGUCCUGCCGAACACCAGCGGGGCCUACAGCUUCGGCAUCGCAGGUCCGGGAACAGGAGUUCCUUUCCACUGGCACGGCCCCGGAUACUCCGAGGUCAUCUAUGGGAGGAAGCGAUGGUUCCUCUACCCGCCUGAUCAGGAGCCUCACUUCCACCCGAACCGGACCACCCUGUCCUGGGUGACAGAAACGUACCCGAACCUGCCGCAAGACGAGGCUCCGCUGGAGUGCACGAUCCGACCCGGAGAGGUUUUGUAUUUUCCUGACCGCUGGUGGCACGCCACCCUCAACCUGGACUUCAGCGUCUUCAUCUCCACCUUCCUGGGCUGAGCUGCCGCUUUCCUGCAAACCUGAGAGUUUCUGUCGUGUUCACACUGACAGGAAGGAGGAACUAGUUUCAAACCCAGUCCAGCUCCAGGAUCGAGGACCAGCCCGGUUUUAUUUUUUUAAUGCGCAGUUUGUUUCCGUCAUUCCAGGAUCUUUAAGCUGAUUUCAGGACAUAAUCCAGGCCCGGAUUAACAGAUAAAUAUUAUUAACAGAACCAAAAGUCUCAGCAGAGACGGAACCAAAACAGCGUUUUAGAUUUAAAUCAUGGUUAAAGGUAGAACGUUUACAGCACUGUAAAGCUUUUAUUUUUUAUACUUUUAGGUUCUU